AUGACUUGCCGAUCACCAUGGCGGCUGUGCGAGCAGCCCCAGUAUAGCCGCCUAGCAGGCCUCGCUGCAAACGGCGGCGCCGCCCGCAGCACGACGGCCGACCGGCUGCCUCUCGUGACUCGACAGGUUCGGUGGGCUCACGACCAUGACAGCAACAGGGCAAGGCAUCAUCAUCAUCAUCAUCCGACGACGACGACGACGACGACAGAGAGGAACGCACCCCCGACACCACGCAGGACGCAACUCUCCCGGAGCGAAAUGGUGAACCCUCCGGCGACGACGCGGCCGCCCACGCUGGCGAUCCCGCACCGCGACGCAUACGACAGCCAACUCAAGUACCUCUUCGAGCUCGGCAAGGGCUACAUCCGAUUCUACAAGGACGGGGUGAAGAGCGUGUGGACGAACCGCGGCCUGGUGCGCGACAAGCUGGCGCGCACGCCGGCGGGGGACAGGCCGUCGAUAUGGAACCCGUCGUACGUGCCGCAGUCCUUCUCCCGCGCGGACUGGGUCCUCCUGUGGCGCUCGCGCCACGACAUGAUACGCCUCCCGCUGUUCGGGCUGAUGCUGGUGGUGAUAGGCGAGAUGACGGUGCUGGUGGUGGCGCUGGUCGAGGGCGUGGUCCCCUAUCCGUGCCGCAUCCCCUCGCAGACCUUCAACGCCCAGCGGAGGGCCGAGACGCGCCGCAGGCUGGUAUUCGACCAGCUCGAGGACCGGUACCCCGCCGGCGCCUUCGACGAGCGCAUGAACCGCCGCGUAGCGAGAGACCACGUCCUCCGCUCGCUGUACAUGACCGGCGACGUGUGGGAGUACUUGCGGUACAUCCCGCCCGGCCUGUGGCAGCUCAAGGGCCGCCUGAGGCUGGCCUUUCUCGAGGGCGACGACGUCAACCUGGCCCAGGACGGGGGCCCUACGGCCCUCAACAGCGAGGAGCUGCGCAUCGCCUGCGCAGACAGGGGCAUCGAUAUCCUCAGCAGAAGCGAGACGGAGCUCAGGGGUUCCCUAGGCGAUUGGCUGCGUCUGACAGCCGCGAGGGAUCCACAAGAGAGGAGGCGACGCAUGGCGCUUCUCCUUCUCACCAGACAAGAGAACUGGCCGCAGAAUAGGGACUUUGCCGUGCCGGAAUGGGUCCUCUGA